UGGCACUUUUGUCCCAUUAAUUUUUGACCCUAAUAGUAAUACUUUGGUACAUUGUACAAAAAAAUAACUGGGUGAAGUACCCUCAGUGGCCACACGGGGGCAGGCGCGAUCAGGCUUCAGUCUGGCAGUGCAUCAUUCAUUCACUCCAAAACUUGAUGAGAACUGAGGAGCAACAAACUUCAUCUGAACACAUUCAGUCUCUCGCCAUCACUGCGACCACUGCAUCUUCUAGAGCUUUCAACCCCACAUCAUUAUAUUAAUUAACCCAGUUUAUUACACUCUUACAAUUAUGUUUAGUGUAUUAUUUUGUCUAGUUUUAUUUGUUGGGUCAGCUGAGGCGAAUAAACGCACAGUGGAGAUGAUGAAGAUGAGCCUGGAGAAGUCUUCCUCACCCCCACGCGACCUCUCAGCCCAUCACAUUGAGGAGGAGUAUGAUGAAGGCCUCCUGACCCGAACGCAUCACGCGCAGAGAGUUCCACGCGGCUCUAAAUCAAAGCAGAGAGACCGACACCACCCGAGACCUCAUCCUGACCCUGAUGGGUUCUUCACCACACCCCGGACUUUCAACGGGUCCCUGCGGGUUCAUAACCCGUUAUACCCGCUCACGGAGGAGUCUUACAGUGCAUAUGCGGUCAUGGUGUUGUGUCUGCUCGUGUUCUCUGUGGGUGUGGUGGGGAAUCUCGCGCUCAUGUGUAUCGUGUGGCACAAUUAUUACCUGAAGAACACGUGGAACUGCGUGCUGGCCAGUUUGGCCCUAUGGGACUUCUCAGUUCUGUUCUUCUGUAUGCCAGUAGUGAUCUUCAACGAGCUCACCAAGAGAAGACUGAUGGGAGAUCUGUCCUGCAGAGUAGUGCCUUAUGUGGAGGUGACGUCUCUCGGCGUGACCACGUUCACUCUGUGUGCGCUGAGUAUCGAUCACUUCCACACGGUGACCAGCGUUCAGCCGCGACCGCGGCAGGUCGAGUCCUGCCAGUCUAUCCUGGCGAAACUGUCUGUGAUCUGGAUUGGGUCUAUGGUUCUCGCCGCCCCUGAGCUGCUCACGUGGCAGUUAGAACAGAAGAUUUCUCCACGAACGGGUUUACCAGUGGAUUCAUGCAUUCAGCAGCCAUCAGUGAAUCUCCCCGAGACGCUGUACUCGCUCGUUUUGACGUACCACCAGGCUAGAAUGUGGUGGAGUUUUGGCUGUUUCUUUUGUUUGCCGUUAUUCUUCACCGCUGCAUGCCAGCUGAUCACGCGACACGUCACGAAGGACAAAACCGCCGGUAAACCCCUUCGGCCUUCAUCUACCUCCUCGUCCUUAUCUUCUUCAUCCUCAUCACCAAAAAAACAGCAGAAGCAGCGGCUAGAGCGUCAAAUGACCCGUACAGUGGUGCCGCUGGCGAGCAUCUACGCCGUGUGCAGUUUACCGGAAAACGCUUGGAAUAUUGUGCUGACCUACGUGGGUGUGGAGAUCUCAAAGGCCACAUGGACACUCCUGGCUCUGAUUGGUCAGUUCCUGUUGUUCGUGCGGGCAGGGACGACACCAGUGCUGAUGUUGUGCGUGUGUAGGUCUCUCAGGCAGCCGUUCAUUGACUGCUGUUGCUGCUGUUGUGAGGAGUGCCUGCCAGACCCUUCAUCUUCAUCAUCCUCCUCAUCUUCAACCACCAACGCCACGGCCGUCUCCUCCUUACCAUCAUCACCCGCAUCCGUCCAGGAGAAGCUGAAGAUCGUGUCAGGAACGUCGCCCGCCAUGUUCUUUGAUAAAGUGAAGGACAGUCCAGAUGAGCUAAUCAUUGGAACGCCGUGCUGACCUAAAAAAUGCAUCCAGAACGUUCUUCAAUUCAUAUGAUUAUCAUGUGGACUCGCUUUUGACCAGUGUUAGUUUAUCCAAGCUGUGAAUGAGUUUCUCCAUUCCUAGCACCUUCAAAGGAAGAUUCUCUCAUCAUUUACUCACCCUCAUGCCAUCCCAGAUGUGUCUGACUUUCUUUCUUCUGCAGAACACAAAUGAAGAUUUUAGAAGAACAUUUCAGCUUUGUAGGUCCAUACAAUGCAAGUGAAUGGUGACCAACAUUUUAAAGCUCCAAAAGUC